GGAGGGCUGGCCGUGUCAGUGAUCAAUGUCAUGACUUCUUCCGCGGGCUGGAGCCGCAGCAGAACGCAUCUGAAGGAAGCUGAUUGCUGCGGGUGCGAACUGGCUGGGACAAUACACAAAGACGCGCACCCGCACGGGCGGACACACGCCCGCACACACCGGCGCACACACGCGCAUCCAGGCACACGCACACUCACAUCCCGGCACACGCACACUCACAUCCCGGCACACGCACACGCCUCCCCGCACACACAAGCGCGCACACACGCACGGACGGACACACAUCCGCGCACACACGCACGGACGGACACACAUCCGCGCACACACGCACAUAACAAGCACGCACGCACGGGCAGCCCGCACCCUGGCUCCCGCUCCGCCGCUCCGCGCCCGGGGGGAAGAUGAGCUCGGGGGACGUGGUUUGCACUGGAUGGCUCAUCAAAUCACCCCCCGAGAGAAAACUCAAGAGAUACGCCUGGAGGAAGCGCUGGUUCGUGCUGCGCAGGGGCCGCAUGAGUGGGAACCCGGACGUGCUGGAAUACUACAGGAACAACCACUCCAAAAAGCCCAUCCGCAUCAUAGACCUCAAUGAAUGUGAAGUGCUGAAGCACUCAGGGCCCAACUUCAUCAAGAAGGAGUUUCAGAACAACUUUGUGUUCAUUGUGAGAACCACCUACCGCACCUUCUAUCUGGUAGCCAAGACUGAGGAGGAGAUGCAGAUCUGGGUGCACAAUAUCAGCCAGAUCUGUAACUUUGGACAUCUAGAAGAUGGCACAGGUUCUGUGGAGAGCCUGUCCCACACGACCUCAUCCCCACAGCCCUCACCAGCCGCCUCCACCCACACCUCCCGCAUCGCCGACCCCUCCUUCUCAGUCGACCACGCUGCUGCUGAUGCUGCUGCUGAGGAGACCCCCAGCGAGUCCGAGUCAGUCUUCCUCCCUGACUACCUCUUCCUGUCCAACUGUGAGUCGGGCAAGCUCAGCCACAACAGGUGUGACAGCUGGUCAAAUUCAGACAGAUCUCUGGAGCAAACAUCAUCAGACGAGGUUUUUGUUGACUCCUUGCAAUCCCAGCCCUCCUUGUACUUUGUACAGCCAAUCAGUGUUGGCACUGUGCACCAGGUUGGAGCCCCAGUGGCAAAUCCCAGCAUUGUCUCCAGGAACACAGACAUUGGGAGGCCAUCCAGUGACUUUUCCUCCUCUUCUCCCCUGCUGGGGACGCCACUAACACCAACGUUUCAGAUUGACAAGAGCCAAAAUGCACUGCCCUACGGUGUAACGCAGCUGGAUGUGCUGUCCAACACACCCCCACCACGGCCACCCAAGCCAACCCACUUCUCAGACAGGAGAGGAGAUGAGGUGGCCCUCCAGAAUGGGCACGCAGGGAUCUGCCAGGCUCAGGUUGCUCUGGUGCCCAGAAGGAUCUCCUUGUCCAGCUUGGAUAACAUGAGGAACUGGAAAGCAGACAUGGAAGGCAGUUCCCUAAGAAGUCGAGAUAAGAGGCUUAGCUUGAAUUUGCCGUGCCGGUUCUCCCCGCUGUACUCGACGGCUGCGGACAGCACGGAGGACAGCUACAUGCCCAUGCGCCCCAGCACCUCUCCCUCCGCGCCCGGCUCCGACUGCUCCCCCGACGGCUACAUCCCCAUGAGCCCUGGCUCGGCCACCUUCACCUUCCCUGUCAUCAGCACUGAAAAACUCACCAGCCCGUUGCCUGAGCUUCCCUCCGACGUGGAGCCCCCCCCCGUGAACCGAGACCUCAAGCCUCGCAGGAAGGCACGACCACCUCCUCUGGACUUGAGGAACCUCUCCACAAUCCGGGAGCAUGCUGCUGUGACCAGGAUGUGGACUGUGCCUUACAAUCGAAUGAGCUUUAUCUCACCAGAAAGAGACAGUAUUAAUUCAGCAAGAAUAUUUGCCAAUUCAGUUUCCGGAGAAGAGGAAGAAAGUUACAUUCAUAUGGAGCAAAGACAGGCCACCUCUCCAUACAGUGGUGUUUUUCCAUGGACAAGGAAGUCUAACCUUGAUUACUUAGCACUGGAUUUUAACUCUGCUUCCCCAUCCCCUGUGCAAAAGAAGCCUUUUCUGUCCGAGGAACAGAGAGUGGACUAUGUCCAGGUGGAUGAACAGAAGACUCAAGCUUUACAGAACACUAAGCAGGAAUGGACAGAUGAAAGACAAUCAAAAGUGUAAAGGAAGAAGAUUUGGAAUCUGGAAGGGAUAUUUUUUUUUUUUUUGCACUGGAACCACAAUGUUAAUGAAGCAGCUAUCACAGUAGAGCUCAAAGGCAGAGAGAGUUGUAAGAUGCUUCCAGUCUAUAGAGGCAUUUUUACUGGAAACCUUUGAUUUCAGCUGGAAAAAGUAUGUUGAGUGAGUGGGUGGUUCACUGAUGACUAAAGUAAUGCAUUAGACUUUUUUCCUGCCCUCACCAGUAUGCUACAUGGUACCAUUUUCUGGAAUUAUUCUCCAACGAGUCAUACACUUAACGAAUCCACUACAAGUCCUAUUAAUCUAAUUCAUCCUGCCUUCUCCUUCUGUUGCAUAAUUCCUAAUUGCUAAAGCUAUUUUUUGACAUUCCUACAAAUGCUGCAGGUGCUCAGAGUGCUUCUAUGGCAGCAUGCAUCUGACAGGUUUUGGUGACUAAUCAACUAAGGGCUAAAAUACUGAAACAAUAAAAAACUUUUUGAAUAUAUAGAGCUUAAGAAAAGAGAAUUUUGAGAAGUAUUUUUCCCCUGGGUUUAAAAGGUCUGGCUGUGAGCUGAUGCUGUCAGAACUCAAAACAGGACUAUGUAUCCAUGCAACUGGAAUGCAUGGUCUUUGACCCUCUGGAUGAUGGUCAUUGUAUUAAGCUUCUUCCCUCCAUUGUGGCUCAUACUUGUCACUCUUCUGUCUGAUUCCUACUGAUGUUUUCUCCCCUGUCUUGGGAAGUGUCUUUGGCACAGCACUGCUGCUCUUCUAGUAGGAGGCUGCAACCACACAGUUCUUGGCUGGCCGAAAAAUAGAAAGGGAAGCUGUGAUCCUGUUCCUGCAAGCCUUGAGAGAACUGGCAAAGGAUCAAGACUGCUUUCAUCUGAACAGCAGAAGAAAUGCCAUUGGAAUUGCUGGUAGCAGUCGUCAAUCUGAUUGUUUCACUAGACCCACCCCAAAAUAAAGAGGAGCAUUAGGAAGUGCAGUGUGCUCUGAGAGAGCCCAAGAGCCUGCCAAAACAGCACAGCACUGUGCUCAUGCAGUAUUGAGGACCUCUGAGCUCAGGAAGAUUCUCUACCUUGGGACUGGUUACAGGCACUGUCUCAGGAUGACAUAUGUGUAUAGUUUAUAAGAUAACUUUGAACACAUGGCUGCAGUCUUUAUUUUACAGUGGCACACAGCCACUUGACUCAUGGAAGUAGGCAGUGAUGCUGAGUGACCCAUACUGGAUUUGGUCUCACAGGUUUUGCUCCUGUAGGGGAGUCCCAAUAGCCAUAAGAAGUCUGAUCCUGUCAACAUGGACAGACAGACAGGACCCUUAAAAAAAAAUUUCUUCUUUGAUAGUGCCAAUUCGCUGGCCUCCUUUCAUGUGCCUGUUGUUACCACAUUGCAUUGCUGUAACCUGGCAUCCUAAAAAUUCUGAUCUAUGAAAUAGAGGUCGCCGAAAUGUCAUUGCAGAAACCACUGGCAUUUCAAGGCUCCUCCACAACUUCCUCCCUACACCCUGUCUGCUCUGAUCAUUCCGGCACUCUGGGAGGCUGAGUCACACGUCCUGGCACAUAGCUAACAGAAAGAGUUUUCCUCCUACCUCAAGAGUGCUGAAGGGCUUGCAAGUCUCACUGCUUCUUUAGCCCAGCCCCUGGGGAUCUGUGGUGACCAGGAUCUCACUAGGUUACACUGCAAGAACGGGGUUCACCAGCGCCUUCACUGACUGGGGCAAACUGGGUGCCCAGGCCUGCAGGCAUGAAGUGUCCUGGAGUAGAGCCACUUGGAAAACCAGGGUUAGUCCUGCAGAUAGCUGACUUGCUGUUCCCUCCUGCUCUGCUCCCCCACCUCCCCCAAAGCUCUCAAAUGAAAAUUGAUGUUCAUAAAACUUUGAAAACAAUUGCCACUUUUCCAUAUAUAUACCUUGUCCAUAUAUAUCUCGGUGUGAAAUGUACCUUGUUAAAACCCAACUGUUUUGUCCUCUAACUGAUUUAGCAGAGCUGUGAGUACCCAUGCCCUGGGAGUGAUAUUGGGGCAGGGCGUUUGGGGAGACGCAGUGGAGAUCUGCACCUGCAUAGAGGUGUCAGAGAGAGGGAAGCAUGGAAGGGACAUGGAUACCGAGUCCUUUGCCCUUCUGCUCAAAAGAAUUGCCUUUCUUUCAAAGUGCAAAUAACACAUGUUGCUGAAAGCUCUUGGUAUGCACAGAUGCACUGAAAGGGUUAGAAGUCCAGCUAAAAGGUGUUUUGAAUUACAGAGGCUCAGCCUCCACAAAGGGUGAGUGAAGUUAUGUUCUGCUACUGCAGAUCCUGGAUUGUGGAGUGAUGGCAGUGCAGCCUCUGGUGCGGAUCAGAACCACACACAGAUCAGCUCCUGUUGGACUGGAGUGCUUCCUUUCAUGCUGUCAGAAAAUCUUCUGAAGUGGAAAACUACCACAUUAUUGAAGACAACUGACUCACUUGGUAUUCCAGUUUAUUGUAAAAAUAUUUAAACUUCAAUAAACCUUGUUAACAGAUCAUUCAGAAGUUUAGAGAAGAAAGAGCUGUAUCAGGAUUUUUACUCCCCUAAAAAGACAUAAACUUAUAGCUUGGCAAGGACUGUCCUUAGAUCAGAAUGGCCCCUUUCAACUUCCUAUGUUCCCUGCUUGCCCUCACGACACUCUUAUCUUGACCAAAUGCUGCUCACUGGUUUCUAACUUCCACUUUUAACUAAGAGCUAAGAUUGAGAGUUUAUUCCAAUUUUUCAUGUAAUGUCUGUUAAUGCCCUGGCUGCUCCAGGGCCCAUGACAUACAUUCUUGUGCAAGCACAAUACAUGAAACAGGAACAAUUAAUAAAUACUGGGGGAAAAAAAAUUUAAAAGCAGAGCAGUCCUUCUCAAAAGCUUUUUUUUUUUUAAUUUUGUUUUGGUCAAGCUCCACAGUACUUCAAAGACGGUAAAGAGGAGCAGGUGUGUAGGAGGAGGGCAAAGGCCAAAUCUGCUGUGGCCACUUUGUCACUAAGGAUUUGGGUGUGAAGGGAGCUGAAGCAGCCACAACUGACAAACCUGUGGGCCAGUACUCUUAGAGCCAACUGGUGGGAGUGGAGGAGUGUUACAGAGUAAAAAGGAGGUACUGUUUAGUUAAGUUUGUUUAAAUCCUAAUCCCUUGGCCAGGAGGAAAGAAAACCCAAAAAAUGAGUCAGCUUUUGACAAUGUCAUGUCUGAAAAUAUAGCCCAGGUCAGAGCCCUUGGUCAGUAUUGGCUCUGAGGCCAGCCAGGUACACUCCUGUUGGUGUCCUCUUUUUGCCGUGAGUCUGUUAUUUGCAUGUAUUUUUUUUUUCAAAAGAUUGGUGAGAGCUGAUGCACAGAGGUGUCCUGCACCUAAAUGAGCAUAGAGUGGCCAGUGGUCCCUUAGCAAACUCUGCUGAGGGAAUUGGCAUUGCCCAGCCCAGGUAUUGUAGUGCCUUCUCUAGCACUGCUCCCCAUUAAAAAUGAGGAGAGUGCUAAAUGAGCAGAACACUUUUAGUUCAAUUGGAAAUGUCAUGUUGUGUAGCUGCUGGAUGAAGCUUGGUUGCAGGAUGACAUGGAGAACAACCAAGCUCAAUGGUUUGAGUUGUGUGGUUAUUGUUGGGGCCAUCAGUGGUUCCCACCACUGAUGUGUUUAAUAUGGCCUUACUCUCUCCUUCAGUGACCGCACAUUUGACCAAGACAUAGCAGGUCAACAACUCAUUUGAUUUUUGGACUAAACUACAUUUUACAUUUAUAAUUCCUUUAUGACAGUAGGCAGCAUUAAUUUCCUUACUGGCAGAAAUGAGCACUUAACCUGAGAAAUGCCAGCAGCCAUGUACCUGGAGCAAAGUCUUUUCAGCCAGCUCACUUUGCCAGUGGUAGCACCUGCUUUCUUCAUUGUCACUAACUACAUCCUAGAUGUAGAUUUUGGAGUUUUAUUCACUUGCAGUGAUUCCGAAGUUUAGUAAUACAAAGACCAUCAGAUGCUGUGAAGAGAACAAAGUAUAGGGCAAUGCCUUCUCUUUGUCCCCCUGUUCUGCAAAACUUGCUCAGGUUUAAAAAAAGUUAAAGCCACCAAAAUAGCAGACAUUUGCCAUGUCAAAGCCAGGAUAUUUUUUGUUUUCAAAUAAAAAUAAAUGUUUUCUUGUGCAAAUGAAGCAUUAUACAUUUUUUUUGUAUCUGUAAAUUUGUAGGGAGGCAUUAAACAGUCAUCUCUGUUACAAAGGGACAAGUCGUUGCUAGAGGGAAGGGGCUCACCUUCCUCAUGUUUCAUUGUAAUGUUUGGUGUAUAUAUUUGCACAUUAAACUGUAUCUUUUUUUCUAAUAAAUUAAUAUAA